AUGGCAAAUGCUGUAUGGAUGCUUAGUGCUGAUUCUACCCAAGAAAUCGAUGCUAUGGAGUCAUAUGGUAGCGACCGAAUUGGCCAAGAGUGGUUUGACCAACGUAUGCAUGUUAGUCAUCACAUAUUUAUUCGAGACCCAUUUCAAGAUUACCAGCCAAAGGACGCUGGCUCUUGGGUUUACAACAACGGAGAAACAUACCGCAAUAAAUUUCGUAGAUAUGGAGUACAUUGGAAGGAUGCGUGGAAUUUAGAUUACUAUAUAGAUGGUGUUUUGGUUCGAAGUGUCUCUGGCCCAAAUAUUAUUGAUCCUGAAAACUAUACUAACGGAACAGGCUUAAACAAGCCUAUGCACAUAAUACUGGAUAUGGAACAUCAGCCAUGGCGAGACGUUAAGCCUAAUGCAUCUGAGCUUGCAGAUCCCAAUAAAAGUAUAUUUUGGGUAGAUUGGAUACGAGUUUAUAAAGCCCAGUAA